CGACUAGCAACAGCUAGGCCUUCGUUCUCUGUACAGUAGCAGCGCAAGGGAAACACUGACGACGCCGGGAGGAAGUAGGAUAGCCUGGCUGAUGUGGCAAGUCACUGUUCAAUAUGGUUCCACAAAGGGUGUACUUGACUGUCAUCUGCAUAGUGAUGAUGAAACUGUCUUGUAGUUUAGCUUGGGAUAAUGAAGAGCUAGAGUUGUUUGAUCUUGUAGAAGAAAUUCUUCCACAGACAUUUUAUGAUUUCCUGGGGAUUGAACAAACAGCAACAAGUAGUGACGUGAGGAAGGCCUACAGAAAACUAUCGUUACAGUAUCAUCCAGAUAAAAACCAAGAGGAAGGGACAGAGGAGAAGUUCAGGAAAAUUGUUGCUGUUGUUGAGGUUCUGAAGAAUGAAGGACUUCGCCAAAGAUAUAAUGAAAUUCUUGAGUUUGGACUGCCAACAUGGCGUGAGCCGGUGUACUACUUCCGAAAGGUACGCAAGAUGGGCUUACUGGAGAUUAGUGUCCUCGUAUCGGUCAUUAUGACAGUCGGUCAUUACAUUGUAGCCUGGGCAGCAUUUUGGGAGAAACGAUUUGAAAUGGAAUGCCUCAUGCCAAAGAAGAAAAAAGACAAAAAGUCUAGAAAGACAAAAAACCAAGAUGAAGAAGAGGAAGUAACUGUGUCAGAAGAAAUGCUUGCAAAUUUUAAUAUUUCACGUCCAAAAUUAACUGACUUGCUUCCAGUCAAACUUACCUCUUUAUUUAUUUCACAAUUAAUGCAUGUACCAUCCAUGUUCAACACGUUAAAAGUGUGCUUACAAGAGAGGACUAGACAGUUACCUGAAGAAAAUGAGUCCGAAGAACCAGAAGAGAUUCGUAAACCUAAAAGAAGGGUCAGAGUUGAGACAGCUCCUGUAGCAGAGCCAAUACCAAUGAGCUCAGGAAAUGGCCCAGUGAUUUAUAACGCCGUACAAAAUGGUGUGAUAGAGAACCAAGAAGUGAAGCAUGUUUCUGAAAGUAGAAUGGGUAUGGAAUGGACAGCGGAUGAUGUAACUAAAAUGGUUCGCUGUAUGGCCAAGUACCCUGGAGGCACCACUGAAAGAUGGCAGAAGAUUGCAGCAGAGUUGGACCGGUCUGUUGAUGAGGUGCUAAAAAAAUCCAAGUCAAUGAAGUCAGGAUCCUAUGCUAUGAAUGUUGAUGCAUCUGUUCAAGGUAUCGUCAAAGGUACAAAUUCCAGUGUAACCAGCAAAUCAGGCAAGAGGCUCAAUGAAGAAGAGAUAUCGGUGAGAAGUGAUUUCAAAUCGGAAAACAGUGAGGACAAUCGUAGGCAUAAGACAGCAAAGCCUGUGAAAAGCGCUGAAAGGACUUUGUUGAUACAGGAUAUCAAAGCGGACAGCAACAAGGCUGUUAAUGUGAAUGAUGAGGAGGUCUGGACACAGGCACAACAGAAAGUAUUCGAAAAAGCGUUAGCAAUGUUCCCCAAAGGAACCAGUGAUCGAUUUAAUAAAGUUGCUGAACAAGUUCCUGGCAAAUCUAGAGAGCAAUGCAUAUUACGUUAUAAAGAUUUGGUUGAAAUGGUUAGAAAAAAGAAGUUAACAUCAGCAUCAUGAUGAAACAAGUAUAAGGGUGUUGCUUGAAGAUAGUAGCAUCAAAGCGGACCAGCUCCAGUGCAGAAUGAGAUGUGUUGUAUAUGACCAGCGUAAUCCGUGAUGACAACUGGAGUCAUGCAACAGAACUCAUGAUAAUUCAGGGAUUUCUUCAACUGCUGGAAGAAAUGAGCAAUUCCGCCAUUUGUUCCUAAUAGUCAAUGCCAAUUGCUGAUGCAAUAAAUGAUAAUAUAUAUGCAGAUGUUAGCAUUGAACCGUAGAUGGUACAUACCUGAUAGUGAUUCAAACUGCAAAGGUGACCCUUAAUUCUUUAUAAUCAAAUGCUUUGGGAGUGGAGUCGGGUUUGUUUGUUAACAAAUAUUCCAACUCAUUUCCAAGAUGUUAAACUUAUUUAAUACUGUAUUUUAAUACUGUAUUAGCAAACUUUUAUAAGAGCGUCAGAGGAGGGCAGAAAAAAAAAAUUCUGUUUUUUUAUUUAGCUAAAUGAUUUUGCCAAAAGCAUCU